CGAGACAAGAAGUCGAAUUGUUGAUGUUUAUUUGAUUUAUUUUGUUUAAAAAUUGUGCAAUAAUUGAGUGGAAUUUAUAUAUUUAAGGUGUUGUUAUUUAAAUAAAUAGACAACCUGUAAACAUGACUGAAUUACAAAUGGACUGCGCUCUGGAUUUGAUGAGAAGACUACCUCCACAGCAAAUUGAAAAGAAUUUGAGCGAUCUUAUAGAUUUGGUGCCUGCUCUUUGUGAAGACUUAUUAUCAUCUGUCGAUCAGCCUCUUAAAAUAGUUAAAGAUUCCAGCGCGGACAAAGAUUAUUUACUCUGUGAUUAUAAUAGGGACGGAGAUUCAUAUAGGUCACCAUGGUCAAAUACAUACUUCCCACCCCUCGAAGAUGGUUCCAUGCCUUCAGAACGAAUUAGGAAAAUAGAAAUUGAUGCAAAUUAUGCUUUUGAUCAAUACCGGGAAAUGUAUUUUGAAGGAGGUGUUAGUUCAGUAUACUUAUGGGACUUGGAUCACGGUUUUGCAGGUGUUAUAUUAAUUAAGAAAGCAGGAGAUGGAAGUAAAAAGAUCAAAGGUUGUUGGGACUCGAUUCAUGUGGUGGAAGUUUUAGAAAAAUCACGUACUGCACAUUAUAAACUGACCUCAACGGUUAUGCUGUGGUUACAAACAAACAAACAGGGCAGCGGGACUAUGAAUCUUGGUGGAUCACUGACACGACAAGUGGAGCAGGAUUCGUCCUUCAACGAGACGACCAACCCGCACAUCGCCAACAUAGGUCGCAUGGUCGAAGACAUGGAGAACAAGAUAAGGAACACCCUGAACGAAAUCUAUUUCGGCAAAACGAAGGACAUUGUGAACGGCCUUCGAAGUAUCCAGCCCUUGUCUGACCAGAAACAGCAGUCGGCCCUCAAGCAGGACCUGUACGCAGCCCUUCAGAAGAGGAACGCCAAAGGGGACAACUGACUGUUCAAGUCCAACGAUAACGAAGGAGGAGUGGACUAUUAUCCGGUGAUGCAAGAUAUGGAAUUUUAUUAAUUUAUAAAUGAAAGAUGAUGGAUUGUGAUAAAGGAUAUAUGUAUGUAUAUAUUAUGUUAUAUACAUAUUGUUGCAUAACACGUAUGGGUAUGAUUAUUAUAAGAAAAGUAUGAGAGCACAUCUUAUAGUCCAGUCAUUUGGUCGUUUUGCCGG